AUGAGUUCGGUUGCAGUUCAAGUCAUGCCGUCGCCGUCCGCGACGUUUUCCAAAGAUUCACCGAUCGCCAAUAAAUUGGCCUCGGAUCUUGACGCAAAACUUGUGUCUUCAUCUAAACAAGUUCUUCUUCAACGUAUUGAGUUCAAACCCGCAUCAAAAGCGGACGAGCAAUACGAAAAUUUGAAAAAGAAAUACGUCCCACUGAAUUCUCAAUCCUCGAACUACAUACAUGGGAGUCAAGCUAAGCUUAUGCGAGCUGAAGAAAAGACAAAUUCAAACGAGGAAUUGCCUUCUCCAAAGGUCGUUCUAUUUCCGUGGAAAAAUGUCCAAAUGUCUUGGAAGCAGGUUCGAAGAGUCGGCCCCGGAUUAAAUAACAUGGGGAAUACAUGUUUUUUAAAUUCUGUCUUGCAAGUUUUAACAUACACACCACCUUUGGUUAACUAUUUGGCAUCGAAAGAACACAGCGAGAAGUGUAAGUAUGAUAUUAGCACAAUGAUUUAGGAUUAUAAUUUUAAAUUCUUAUGUUUAAAUCACAAGAUGGAUCAACAGUUUGGAUUUAAAAGUUCUUUGUUUGAAGGAAACAAUCCAAACUGUUUACUCAUACUUGAAUUCCGUUUAUUGUUUAUUUUCAAACUUAAUCUUUGGUUUCCAACUAAUUGUUCGGAUCAUCCUGAUCACCUGAGUCAUCUCAAAAUGCGUUAGAUGACCAAGACAAUCGUAUGCAAACACCUCUGAUGUCAUGCAGGGCAAUCCGAAUGAUCCGUGCAGUUACAAUUUAUACUACUACAUGAGAAAUUUCUGCAAUUUGAUUGGCUUAGAGCUGUGGUAUUCCAGCUUAAUUUGAAAUACCUACAUGUGAAAAUUACAAACCUUGUGUGGGUAGUAGUAUAAACAAAUAAUAGCAUGAUUUCUAGUGAUAUGUGGCAUAAAUACCACUUGUGAUAUUUCAAAAUUGUCUCGAAUUUCACUCACCUUAUGGCUCAUGAAAUUACGUAUAACAAUUUUGAAAUAUCACUCGUGGUAUUUAUGCCAAAUGUCACUAGAAGUCAUGCUAUUAUUUGUUUAUACUACCUACCUAAUAGAACUCACAGGUAAUAAUCUAAAAUGCUAAAAAUCAUUUUAUUUCUGCUUUUUUUUUGGACACCUGUUCAGCUUUUUAUGGGCAGUUCUCAAUUUUGAGAUACAUCGGCGAUCACUAGCUCAGGUCAAUUUCAGACCCAGUGAUAAGGCCCGAAAACAGAAAAAACAAAACCAAACCUGUGCUCGGGUCUCAUCAUAGGAUUUUAUUUAUUAUUGUUAGUUAAUCAUCUUCCCUCCCGUAGACAUUUUGUAAGUGUUUUAAGUAAUGCUCCCCUCAUGGCUUAAGAGCGAAUUCCUUUGGAGACCUUCUGCACAUACUCAUUUCAUAGUCGUAAACAAUCAGGUGCUUGACAGUUUCAUCUGAGCUCUAAUACAGUGUAGCUUAUGAUCACAAUUAUUGUUUAAAUAAUUAUAAUAUAUUACUUUUUAAGGAAUAUGAUUGCCAAUCAAAUUGUAAAAAAUGGUUUUAGAAUUAGCAGGAGGCACAGGAAACACUUCUCCUGAAAAUUUGAUUAGGGGGUUCAUUCUGCCUCAGAGCAAUUUAUUUGGAAAGUUCCAAUAAACAAUUUCACAGCUUAAUUCUGUAGGACUUUCUGGUUAACUGCAGGCUUCUGCUUCCAAGGCUAGUGAAAAAAGUCACAGUCAAGGAAAGUCAAGCGUACUCUCCAAGAUUGCAUUAAUGAAUCGAUUAUUUGAAAAAUGAAUCUGUUAGACAUUAGCGCAACCAGUCUCAAAUUCAAAUCUGCAUUCUUACAUGAGUAAUGAGCCGUGAAUUUUUCACGUUGACUCCUCUGUUUUCGGUCAGAUUGAAAAAUCUUUGAAUGGAUGAAACAGAUAAAAAUAACAUUUACACCAAAUUCAGACAUCAAAUUCCUUAACUUCAUCUGCAUAUUACAAAAGAGCAAAUGCACUUGUCAAAAAUCUGAGACUUGGUUUUUUAGUCUGAUGUGUCAAGAAGCGAUUCCAAUCUUAAUUGAUUUCUUCCACUUCUUUUUUGGCCGACCUGGACUUAAAUUUACAGAAACAUAUACUUUUGAAAAAGCUCGUCAAUUCUGAAACACAUUAGUAAUUUAGAUUUUUUAAAGAAAUUGGCUGUAAUCUGCAACUAGUAAGCUUUCAGAAAAUGUACUGUUUGUAGGGGUAAUUAUUUAAAGCUACAAUGGCUGGCGCGAUCUGCACGAAGACGGUACUGAAGGUGGGAUGAUACCUUAAGCGGCACAUACCCAUCAAGGUCCCCCUGUUUUAUCAUAACACUUAGCACUUCUGAUUUAAAUGACUGUGACUUCAACUCCUUGUUGUUUUUACAGGUAGAACAGUUGGUUUCUGUAUGCUCUGUGAGCUGCAGAAACACAUCAUAAGGACUUUCAGUCACCAUCAAGGAGAAGCCAUCAAACCCCUGGCAAUUAUUCAGAAGCUUAAAUGUGAGUUGGAGUCUUUGUAUCUUUUGAUCUAAAUUGAAGGCUUAAAUUCUUUUUUUUAAUUAAUUCUUUUCUUCUUCAAAGACCCCAAUGACAGUUUGGACAGCCCAAAAACCAUUAACUUUAAUGUGUGAAUUAAACCACUCAAACUUGAUUCAGGAUUCAAGCCAAAUUAGAUAAAGUCAACUUCCGAUAACUUGAAUGUUCCAGGGAAAUCAAAAAAAGUUCGAGUUAAUUGGGAGCUCAAAGCGAAUAACCAGAAAUAAGAGAAAAAACAGUUUUUACUGUACCACAAACAUUUUAAUCACAUUUAAUUGUAGAAAAUGUCAAGUGAAAAUGAACAAUGCAGCUUUCAGAUUAUAUAUCAGAAUGAAAUGUAAAAAGCUUAGCUUAAAUAGAGCAUGUGUUUCACCGUUUCGAGAGGUAAAGCUGUUUCACUUUAGAUUUGAAACAAACAAUAUUAGCCUCCACAAAUAAACUAUAUGGCUACAAUACAUCAGUGGUAAGUUCAAUGUCUCGGAUUGCAUCUGGGGUAAAAUUAUAUAGAAGUGAUCUGAGGAGAACCAAGCUAAGAAUUCCUUCGAAUUGCGGGAAGUUCGAGUCACAUUUGUAGCGAGGGUUCAAGUUAUCGGGAAUCAACUGUAUGUUGGACUCAACGAUUUAAACACUGGUCUUUUCAUGUACAUGUACUUAAUGGUAAGAAUUAGUUUCUCGGCAUGAAAAUUUUGAUGUCUGAACUGGGUCAGCAUGUUCUAGCCAGUUCCACUCUGACUGGUAGUCUUUUUUUUCUCAGUCAUGCAUCCUAAGUUCCACACCUUAGCCAUUCUUGUAAAUUUACUUCAUCAAUAGCCAACAACAACGUUGCUUCUCGCGACGACCAGAAAUACGUCUGCAGUUCGUAGGCUAAUUAUUGAAGGGUGGCCUGGAAUAAAGCUGCCCCAUAAGUGACUUUUGGUAAACUGGUAGAUUCUCCUUUCAAUUUCUCAUGAAUUAAAGGGAGAAUUUGAUAAUAAGCCUCCCCUUUUUGGGGCAAACUUUCAUCGCCAUUUCAUUGUUUUGGGACACCAAUAUGGCCACUGUUACAUCAUGUGAAAACACCCUAUUAUUAUGCCCCCAAAAUUUCUGUUGCUUAGUAAAGGUUCUCUCUUCUUCAGUCAUUGCAAAACAUUUAAGGUUUGGUCACCAAGAAGAUGCUCAUGAAUUCUUAAGAUAUGUCAUUGAUGGCAUCCAGAAGAGUUGUCUAGCUGCAGAUGGCUACACAGAGAAGUAAGUGAUAAAUUAUGUUUAAUACAAUCUCCCUACUAGGCAGGGCUUCUGAUAGGUCGCGGAAAAAAAUUCAAAUUUCGCAGGAAUUUCGAGGGAAUGUUAGGGGCAAACUUGGCCAAAAAGCAAUCGGUAAAAAAAAUGGCGGAUUAUGUGGUUAUUUUCAAAUCGAUUGAUUUUGUGCUAAUCAGACCAGCGUUUUUAAUGUUUUUCUAACAGAGGUCAUCAUUUGCUCUUUCAACAACAAUACUCUCCAGAAAUGAACCAAUGGCAAAGCCUUUAACAUCAUGGCUAGUGCCCAGUUUUUCGCACCAUAAUCUACGCCUGGUAGUUUCGGGACGUUGUUUGCACAUUUCAGUGACAAAGUUUCAAAAUAAAUUUACAAGUUUACAGCAAGUAAAUAGCCCCAAUAGCUGAGACAAAAAUGCUGUACAGACAUGUAUUUGAUAAAAUUUCUACCAAAUUUUGUGGUAUUUUGCGUGUUUUUGUGAAUUUCGUGGGAUAUCGCAUUUUUACCUGAAUUUCGCAGCUCCCCGACCACGCAAAAUAUCAGAAGCCCUGACUAGGAAGGCGGUGCAUUUGUCUUCAGUGAUGAGAAUAUACAAGUAGAUGCUUCUCAACCAUGACAAAUGGUUUAUGUUUGAACGACCUGUGCGGAGGUCAUUAUCUGAGUCGAAUAUUGAUUUUGUUGCACUGUAGGCUUGACAGAAUGUCAAAACAGACCACAAUGGUACAUCAAGUAUUUGGAGGCUAUUAUAGAAGUCAAGGUAAGAAUCAUAGAAUAUAUUUUUUACUAGCGUCAUCUCUUUUGAAGAUUGGCUCUAUUAAAUCUAGAAUUGGUGAAUCUUAGAGAGGUGUCCAAUUAACGAAAAUUAAAUUAGUGAAGAACAGCAGGAACCAAAUCUAGGUGUCCUUUGUCGUAGAAGAGUCCUCAUAAGUAGAAAGUUGACCUCCAAAAAGUUUGAGGUUAAUUGAUACAAUAAGUUGUGGAUCCAUUUUUUUCCUGGAUUUACGCUCUUAGGGAAGGUGAAAAGUGUGCAUUCCAUUAAACCCAAGGAAAUUAUGUUCAUUAUGUUCAUGCUAUGGGCAAAAUCUUAAGCCCAAAACACUUUUAGUUUACCAGUGUGCUUGCAAUGUUAUGUAAUACAAUGUAUAUGUUUUAUCUAUUUAUUAUGUUUGCUUUCAGUGCGAUGUUUAAAGUGCAAAAACAAUUCCAACACAUUUGAUCCUCUAAUGGAUAUAAUGCUUGAUAUUAAGGUAAAAUUGUUAAAUAUCUUAAAUGAUAAUUAUUUAUGCAUAUGUAUAAUCAUGAUUCAGUUACAUUUUUAGAUCAUUCAGUAAUAAUAUUACUAUUUAUAAACUAACUAUAUAACGUGAGCUCUGAUUGGCCGAGAGGCAUGUUUUCAUGAGAGUAUGUAAACAUGGUUGUGGCGUCAAGAUGUUUUGCUUGUUACACACGGAAAACGUUUUCUAUAGCUUGAAUGUGAAUUUGUGGAUAGAGUAUUUAGAUAGGAAUAAAAGGCAAUUUCCUCUAGGUAGUACAUGAUUGUGCUAAUAAUAUUGUUAUAGCCAUGUGCUGUUUUCUGCUUUGCCAGCAUUUACCAUCUGUUGAGAAAGCGCUUCAAAGAUCUGUUAAAAUAGAGUUAUUAGAUGGAGAAAAUCUCUAUAUGUGCCCAAGGUUUGUAAUGUUGUUUUGUUAAAUAAUUUUGUUGUUGUUGUUGUUGCAGUUAAUUUUCUUUAUUUCAGUCCAUUUUUGUUUUUUGUUUUUUCCUUUGUUUUAAAUUCACUACCAUACAUGACCUUACCCAGAAACAAUGAAAAAACAAUAAUUAACUGCAACAUAUACCACCAUGUUUUAUGGUUGCACACACAAAGAAAUAGUGAUUAGUAAAUCUUAAUUAUUCUCUCACCUUUAAGGGCUAUUCAGGGAAAAUUAAGGAAAAUUAAACGAAAGUCAAGUUAAAAAAUAAGAACACUGAUUUUGGCGCUGUUUCACACAGGGGCUUAACCAGAAUUUAGUUUCCUCUGUUUGGCCCCGCUGGAGUACCAGGGGAACAAACUUACUUCAUCUGUCCAUCAUGUUAUUAAUAGCCUAGAAAAAAAAGCGUGAUUCUUCUAUUCCAUUGUCAUUUUUUUUAUUGCUUUCAGGUGUAAAAGAAAGGUUCCUGCCCACAAACAGUUUCUUAUACACAGAGCACCAAACAUUUUAACGUUACAACUCAAGAGGUACUUGUUAUAUUUUCUCUCCUUUAAGAGUAAACUGUUAUGCUAUACACACUGGCAAAAGAAGGUAAAAAACAAAAAACUGUUUUAAAAUUACCAGGUAACUAGGUAUAUUGCUCUACCAUUUUGUUCUUGGGCUGAAAAAUAAUUCAGUUUGAACAAAUGGGUUGCCCUUUUUUCUCGCUUGCGAUUUCGCUUCCCAGCUGUCUCCCUAUUUUUCAACUGCUAUGCAUCCUAGAACUGUUGCUUCAAGCAAUCAACAAUUUCAUCCCUUAUGUCAAGAAGUUUUUUCGGAUUACAUUAGUUGAUAUUAAGAACUGUACACAGAUGCGUCAGAGGUUCUAGAUAUCCAUUCAAAUCACAUGAGGUCUCAGAAGACUUCACUCUCGCUGUAGCUGGUCUACAUCUGUAUUCAUAAUUUUAGGCCUAGAUUUUUAAUAGUUUUUUUUUCUUAGUAAUACUUGAUUUUUAAAUUUAUUUAAUUUUUCUUAGUUGAUAGUUAAUGUUAAUUAUUUUUUAUCAUGUUCAUGUCCAUAGAAGAUUUUUUCAUCUUUUUCUUUCGACGAAUUUUGCGAGCUUGCGCACGAGAAAAAAAGUUCUAAUACUUUUCUCAUUUACCCACUCGCACCUCGCUGAACUGGUGGUUAAUAAAUUCCCAGCGGUUCUUAUUUUACGCACAUGCUUGCUGACCUCUAUACAGAAAAUAGAAGGUCUGUGAACAGGCCACCCUCUCUCACAUUUCCUGUGGUUUUGAAAAGGCAGAAGAAUUUUUAGGUAUUUGUUGGGACUUUCAUCUGACCCCUUCACAGCUCUUACCCACUGCCCUUCCCGCCUUGGGAGCAUUUUGUCACCUGGUCUUCUGGACGAGUGCAUGUCUCUAACCUGUGAUUACUGCUACUUAUUACUUACCACUAUAUAUGUUUUUCUGUCUCAUCUCAGAUUUGAUUACAAUCAGAUUUUUGGAGGGAAGAUAUCUAAGCAUGUUGAGUACUCUGAGUUCUUGAACCUGAGGCCAUACAUGACAUCACCGGUAAGAAAAAGGAUGUGUCUGUCACUGAACCCAAAAUGCCAGGAUUUGUCUCUCGCCUUGGCCUAUGAGAUACUCCAUUGAAUGGGAGAAAUGAUUUUGGUAUUUUGGAUAGAUGGUGACUUAACUUUGUACAAGAUGUGGUCACAUAUGUAUUUUCAUUUCCUCUUGAUUCCAUCACGAUGAUGCGUCUUUGCAGGGUUGUCACUAAGAUUUCAAGUUGCCGGGUAAAUACAACAAGUAGGCGGGGAAUUAAACAGCUAAGGGUUUCUUUUGGUUCUGUUUUCUUCUAUUCUCCUUUGCAAGUAGCCGGGGCCACGCCUGCCCUGUCAGCGAUCUAUCUACGAUUUUCUUUGCGAGUUAAGCAGAAUGGCAGAAAGUUUACAUGAGAUGCCCUUUACGUGCAGUAACCACAGUAUAAAGAUUGGAAAAUCGCAGUAAGAUUGCCUAGAAAUCGUCACAAAAUUCAACAAAAUGGCAUUAUAAAUCGCGCGAAAAAAAAUGGGCUUUGACAGUGGUUCUUUCCGUGUGAUAUUUCAGGGUCCUCCAAUCAAAUACCGUUUGUAUGCAGUUCUGGUUCACUCAGGAUAUUCAUCUAACUCUGGCCAUUACUACUGUUACAUCAGAGCUUCAAAUGGCGUCUGGUACCAGAUGAAUGACUCUAUUGUAAGUGAAAAACAUUGUCCUUAAACCUUGUUUUGAUAACUCACUGAAUUACAAUGUAUAUUGACCUUUCAAGGUGCUUAGGUCCGUUUCUCGAAAGUCCCACCAACUUUUUGGGCCCGUUAAAUGCAAGCAUUGCGAAUGUAAGACACCCAUAUAUUCGAACCUAAAGGUUAUACUUUAUUUUCAAAGAUGUUGCUUAGUUUUGUUCAUUAUGGACUCGUGAUUGCAAACUGCAGAAACUGUUUUAUUGACAGAAUCACUUCAUAAAAGAGGAAUUUCUGGGCAGAAAGUUGAGAUAAUGUAAAAACUUGAUAGUAUUCUAAAAUCAUCUCCUGUUGGUCCCCUUUGUUACGAAAUUUUUUUAGUAAGUUUAGGUAUAGUUAACCUGGGAAACAGAGGUUUUUUUUCCGGGUGCCAGGUUCGUCAGUCGCAGGUUGACCAAACCGGAAAAUGAAAAGCCUCUGGCACUAUCAGUCGUUUUAAAAAUGCUGAUCAACUGAUUUUUUUUCUUUUUAUUGUCCACCAGGUUCGUCAAGUUGCAAUGAAAGCUGUACUAUCCCAACAAGCGUACUUGCUGUUUUAUACCAGAAUUAGUCCUUCAAAUGAAACUUCCAAGGUUAGUUGGUUCUUUAGUUCAGUAAAGCUUUAAACCGCCCUUACGGAAACAAGGUCACGUAUCAGUCCCUUUCAGCCCAGGCGGAUGACGAAAAAGAAUCGAUUGACCUUCACCCCAUCCAAACCUCUUGUUUCAUUGGUCCCUAUAACCUGCACUACUUAUUGUUUUCAGGGAUAGGGGCUUUGUUAUGUCACCAUCCCUAUUGUUUUCUCAGCCAAUCACAAACCUUGUUUGGAGUACUGUAGGUACAGGUCGGCCCAAUAGAAUAGACCGUUUCCUAGUUUCAAAAACUCUCACUUUCACAAGGAGGCUAAAAGAUGAGUUUUACUUGCAGGAGAAUAAAAAUCAGUUUCAUAUCAAUACCUUCGUACUUAUCCUCGCUUUAAAACGGAGGCUUUGAGCAACUCGGAAAUGGCCUAUAGAGUGUUUUCACAUGAUGUCACGGUGGCCAUAUUGGUGUCCCAAAACAGUGAAACGGCGGCCAUGUUGGUGUCCCAAACCAAUCGUCUGGGAAUUGAACUCUUUUCUUAUGCAAACGCUUUGUUUUGUUCCAAUAAAUUUGCAUAGUUCCUGGCCACGUAAGUGAAAACACUCUAUUGCGCUGAUGUCAAAGUAAAUCUACACCGCUUUAUAGAGUGUUAUGGUAUUUUUGGGAAAGACCUAUCAGUACAAUUACAAUAUGUUUUUUUUAAUUAAUUUCUAGUCGCCUUCACUGAGCUCUCCUACAUCAACGCCAAAAACUCCUGUCCCCCCGAAAGAGCAUCUACCAAAGGUCAUCCAACUGAAUGGUAAGUGCAGUGUACAUUUAUAAAGUACUAUUGUGUAAAUGACAAUUUUGUUGAGGCGAUUACACAUGGCUGUGAAAAGUUGAAUGCUUGGAACUGGAGAUUAAGAUAGAAAUUGUCAGUAGAACAGGAAGUUAAAAUCUGUUCGGAAUGUCAGUGUUCAAACCGGUGACUGAAUGUGACCAUUCGUCUUGGAAAUUUGUCAGUAAGAAGCGAAAGAUUCCUAGCGUUAUUUAGAUCAAAAGGCGGUCCCCUUCUUUUUGUGUGAUUUGCUUAACAAUACAACGAAAAGCUCUCUUGUUUAUUCACUUAUAUUUACCCACGACACUGUUGUUACAAUUAUUUUAAAUAUUAUUCUUUCCCGAAUUCUCGUUUCUUAGAUGUCGGAACGUCUGUCAAACCCGGGAUUUAUUUCAACCGCACUCCAGCAUCGACCUCGACCAUGCCGAAGUCAUCAACAACGCCCUCAACAAAUCACGCGCCCUCUGUUCCCUUAGCUUCAUCUUCGCAGAGACCCAAGUUUACAUUCACCAUUCCCGUCAAGUCCAAAGGAGUUAAAACAGAUUUGAACAAAGCAAAGACGGAGGAGAAAGAACUCGGAGAAAAGAGCGAGAAUAUCGUGGGAAAAGACAAGGUGGGCAGCCUCUUAACAGGAGCAACUCGCUCAGAGGUAAAGUCUCCAAUAACAUCUUCAGGGAAAAAGCUGGAGGAAGCUACUGAGUCGGAGGCUGUACAAAAUGUGACGGCAAAACCAGAUGUCAGUAACAGAGAGAAAAUCAAGGACUCCUCUGAGAACGUUCCACUGAGGAAAGAAGGAAAAGAGAGGUCUGAUUCUCCGUCCAAGAAGCCACGCCCUCCGCCCCUCUUUAUCCCAAGAGUUGUCGCGCAAGGCAAGGGAACGCCAUUGUCUGCAGGUAAGCUGCCUUUGAACAGCGCACGUGAACUCAAUGAAAGAUAGAUGCAUGCGAUUCUACCAUAGAUAGAGCGCUGCACCGUUUGCUUGUUGCAUAGGUCAAGGAACGAUUCCUCGUCAAGCCUGAUUACUUUCAUGUUCUAUUUCGACCGCUGAGGUUUUUUAUAGCUUCAAGAACACACCCGGCUUUUAUUUGGCCCGGUUCAGGCGCCUUACUUCACAUGAGCCGAAUAAAAUAGAAUUCAAAUUAAUUUCGGCCGGUUGAAUUGCUUCAGACGCUGAUCUUUAUUCCAGCUGAACUAAAUUCAAAAGGGAAAAACGCGCAUUUCGUUUAACUACAUCAUAAGAAUUUGUGCGUUUGCCGAUUCGGCUCAGCGUCCGAAUCAUCGCCCGUCCUUGAAGGACGGCUUAGCCGAUUCUAAUAGGCCACUUCCGAGUUCCAAAAACCCUCUCUUUCAAAAUAAGGCUAGGUGCACAACCUUUUUUUGUGAAAAUGAGUUUUAUUUGCAUGAGAAUAAAAAAUGAUUUCCAUAUCAAAGGCUGAGCACCUACCCUCGUUUUGAAACAGAGGCCCAGGGGAACUCGGAAAUGGCCUAUUCAAUUAGCCGUUUCGAAUUCAUUCGGCAGACGCCCUUCUUCGCAUAAACUUCGAUUCGGUUCAAGUGAAGUAUAGCCUCCCCGCAGCUAACUGAUCAGUUUAAACUCCGUUUUGAACCCCUUCCACAUAGAAAAUGUAAUGUCUUUCAGCAAAAGCAACCACGCCUUGGAAAGUCACUCCAAAGACCACCUCUGAACCAGUGUUUGGUCCCAUGUCCCCUCCCCCGCGGGGGACAAUGCCACCGCAACCGUCACCAUCGUCAGCUAUGUCUGACACCAGCAGUACCUCAAGCGUGAUGGGAAAAACAGGGGAAUGGACAGUUACCGAUAAGACGGUGCUUACACCAGGACCCAGGCUCCCAGAACGACAGCACGCCGGCUGGCAGGUGUCGAGGAAGAGUGAGGACGAAAAAGAUGAAGUGGGUGAAGAUAAAGUGGAGGAAAAAACGAAAACGGAUGAGAAGGGAAGUGAGAAGAAAAAGAAGAAAAAGAAACACAAGAAAGAGAAGAAAAAGAAGAAAGAAAAGAAGGAGAAGAAAUAUGAGAGACUUGAAGAGUCAGAUAGUAGCGAGGAAGAAAAGAAAAAGCGAAAGAAAAAGAAAGACAAAAACCAUCGUAGUGAUAAAGUUAAUCAAGAACCUAGCUCCGACGAAAAAUCUAAAAGCAAAAAAUCCAAGAGAAAGCAUAAUGAUGAAGCUGUUGUUUCUCCAAGUAAAAGGCCGUGCUUGGUGUCUUACGAUGACUCGAGUUCCAGCUCCGGGAAUGAACUUGUUUCAAGUGGUAAAGAGAACAAGAAAUCGGAGAAAGGUGACUCACGAGAAUCGUCGAGGGAGUCUAGAGGUAGGUGGAAUUACAGCAUAAUAGGUAGCUUGAGCAACGACGACGGCGACGUCAACGAGGACGGCAAAGAAGCAAUUGGUUUAGCUUGGUAGAUCAACAACUUUACACGUGCAUCACGCUUUUUUGUGCAUUUCUUUGCAGUCACUGUGUGACUAAGACGUGAAAUUGCCUAAUUUCACGUUUUGUGGAGAACGUGAACUCAAGACAACGACUUUGCUUUUCUUUUCCUGAACUUCGAUACAGUCCUUUAGAAUUCAACUCCAGAAAAAUUUGCCAACAUUUGACGAAUUGAACGAGAUGGAAUGAGCGCGGUUAAGUUUGAAGCAGCCCGAUGUCACCUCUUAAGUGACGUUUUCGUAUCCGUCGCCGUCGUUAGUGCUUAAACUCCCUCAGACCAGCAACUUAGUAGGCCAUUUCGGUCCGAGUUGACCCAGGCCUCUGUUUCAAAGCAAGACUAAGUGCGACGUCAUUGAUAUGAAAAUGCCUUUUCAUUCGCGUGCAAAUGAAACUCGUUUUCACAAGAAGGUUUUUGCACUUAGCCUCGUUUUGAAAGUGAGGGGUUUGGGAACUCCGAAACGGCCGGUUUCAUGGUUCAUAUUUCAAGGCUCCGUCGUUAAGAACAUGUCUCGCAAUUUUUUUGCGUCGUUGCGCGACAAGUAAACGUAAAAAUACUGGGGCAAAAUAAAUAAUAUAUCCAGUAAAGUAUUUAUUGAUUCGUGUGGUUUUAAUGGUUCGAAAGCUAAUGGAAUUGAGACUGUACCCUCUAACAUUUCACUGAAAAUUGUGUUAGUAGUGGUGGACUUUCCUGAAAAUUAUGGACCGUUUACACAGAAAAACGACACAGCUGAAACGUGUUUUGUAUGCAAAAAUAUUGUUGCCUAGCCUGUGCUCAGGUUCAGAUUCAUUGUAAGACAGUGCAACGAAGAGAUAGAAGUCCAAAAUAAGUCUAAAGAAAGAAUAAGAAAAACAGCGAGUUGUCCCCACUAUCUGUACACCUGAAACCGGCUAAAACCAGCGGGAUUGAUACGCAAUUUUGGACAAAAGUUUUGUUUGUUUGUUUGUUUGUUUUUUAUUUCAACCAUAUUUACACCCACUCUAAAUACUCCAGUUCCAGUUAUUUAUGACGAUGCUCCGAAGAAAAAGCAUUCGGCGCGAAGGGCAACUUGGGAUGGAUCACGUGCUUCAUCUGCCGUUGAUCAGUUGCUAAGCAGCAGUAAGGGUUUCCAUGGAUACGGUAGCUCAGGUGAGUAAACUUGGCCAUUUUCCUUAUGGAUAAAAUAUUAAGUGAACUGGUAUCAUAAAGUUGUUAACCAGAAAGAAUCAUUUUAGGAUUUAAGUUGAGAACUAUAUCGUAACAUAGUCGUGACAUGAAUAAAGCUCAUCACAGCAUAAUAAACAACACCAUAGAAAAAUAGAGAUCAGUGGCUUUCAACAGGCCCUUUGCAGCUAGUCACUCACUUGAUACAAAGCCGCCAUGCUGGAGAGCUAGAAACGAGCAAAUGAAGUCAGCAUUUUAAAUGAUGUGAGCUCUUUUUUUUUUAUUUCUAUCCCAUUGCGUCCCAUGCUCCCCAGCAUGGCGAUCUUGUACCACGUGAAUGACUAGCUGUAAAGGGUAUAUUGAAUGUUCGCACUUUAAAACUUCAUCCACAGACUCCAAAAAUUAGAACCACUUUGUACAGCGGAAUAAACAGUACCACAAGAAAGUACUGCUUAGCAGCUUUCAUUUAAAUGGUCACACUUUAGGAUUUCAUACAAUGGACUUGAAAGUUAGAACCACCUUGUACAGCACAAUAACUGUACAACAACAGCGCGUUCGCAAAUUUGAGGCCAAAAUUUUUAAGAUGAUUCCAAUGAGGUUAUGGAGGGAGUCACUUUGACUCCAGAAAUUAUUGGUUGCAAAAUACUUUUUUCUUUAUCUUUUUCAAAACAAAUACAAUCUACAUUAACUGCAAAUGUUGUAAACCUGAUUUAAACCACCUAAAUUGAAGAAUUGUUCAUGAGUGCACAUAUAGAGGCAAAAUUGCAGUAAAGACCACUCGAACAUCAUCAAAUUUGAGCCUUUCGGGGUCAGCAGACUCUCAUAUGAAGCAGGAGCUACUUCAUGUAUCCGUCAUGAUACCGUAUACGUGCCAGGACCACGCGCCCCUGAAAUGGCAUCCUCGUCGAAAAGACCGAGUGAAGAACCGCCAAACGAGCUGUAAAACAAUCGCUUUUUUCGUUGUGUUACUUGACUCCAAAUAUUCCAAAAUUACUCCAAAACUUCGGAAACAGAAGUGAAACUGACUUCACCCAUCAAAUUAUACAAUUUGCAAACCCUGCACAAGAAUUACUGCUCAGUAGUUAUCAUUUGAACGGUCAUGCUGUGGGAUCUCCUUCACAGGCACAUUUAUAUCAUGGAUUUGAUAGUAACACGCAUUUGAAUGUCUGCUUCCUUUCAGUAACAUCUUGGGAUGGAGGUGAAAACUCAGUGGACAACAGCGUUGGUGAACCAGGAAGAAAACGACAGCGAAGAGACUCGUGGGAUGACGAAUACGACCGAGGAAAGGUAACGCUUAUACAAGGCAGAUGAACAGCAGGCAAUUACCAUGUGACAUAGUUUCACAUCUGCAAUUUCCCUAGAUGUAGCUCCGACUGUCACCAGCUGAUUGGUCAUCACGUGGUCUCAAUCAGAUUCCAUUGUUUUAUACCUUAUUGCCAUUAAUUUUGCGACAAUUUUGGUGACUAUGCUAAGAGUUCCAAGUCCAUUAUUUUAAUAACUUUGUGCUCGUCCUUUAUAGCCUCCCCAGUACUGAGUUCUCUGAGCGUUUCGCUUGAACAGUCGGUGAAAUAUGCCUAUUUGAGAGCUUCUUAUUGGGCAUUGUGGCUGCUCUUCAGACUAAGUCGAUAUUUCAAACACGGAAUUGCACUACGGGGCUAAUUUUUGAGCCAGGAAAACCACCUGCUUUCACGCGAGAUACGCGAAUCCAUAAACAAUUCAUACUCGGCGAUCGGAAAUGAACCGUGAUCAGGGCUACAACCUUCCCUCAAUUUAUAGAACAAUUUUGCAGCCUCAUCAAAACGAGGCUGCGAAUAACAGCAAACUUCAUCACUGAUGAAGGGAUCUGGGUGGGUCCCUAAAGCUCUGCUAAACUUUCAACAAAUUGUUGGUGUUGAAGAGUAUUUUUUAUUAUAUGUUGUCCCAACAGAAGAAUCUCCACUCUGCACCGUAAUUUUUAGGGAGUUAUUAUAACUCCAAAAAUGGAGUAAAAAUUUUAGGUACAGGAUAACCCCUUUUUUGGGGUUAUUUUAACUCCUAAUUUAACUCCGAAUUUGGGGUCAUUUUUACUCCUGAAAAAGAGUUCUUUUUACUCCCAGUCUUGGAGUUAAAAUUACUCCGAAAUGGGGUUACUUGUACUCCUUGCAGGGGUUGUUUUUACUCUUUUUGGAGUUAAUUUAACUCUGAAAGUGGAGUAAAAAUUUUAGGUACAGGAUAACUCCUUUUUUGGGGUUAUUUUAACUCCUCAAUAUCUGGGGUCACUUUUACUCCUGAAAAAGAGUUCUUUAAACUCCUUUUUGGAGUUAAAAUAACUCCACGAAAAAUAACUCCACUGUCAGGAGUUAAAUUAGCCCCACUAGAGGAGUUAUUAUAGCUCCCUGAAAAUUACAGUGUUUCAUCUUUUAUUGGCUUUUUGGUAAGGUUAGUCAGGAAACCGGGUCCAAAUUCGGUCUCUAAACCAGGCCCAUAGUGCAAUUCGUCACAGUACCGGUUCCUGGCCAGUAAAUAUCACUUAUUAACCAAGAGUGAGGUCAUUACAGGGAAAUCUCAGACCGACUCCAAUACAUCAAGGCCGAGGUCUGAGAUUCCCCGGUAAUGACCGAACGGACAAGGUUAAUAUGUUAUUAUGAUAUGUCCUUUUCAUUAUGGACCUAACGCUGCGAUCAGUUAAAACCAAUAACUGGUCAGCGGAUAACUUUAUCAGUAACACGCGAUACAGUCAUGUCAUACAUCAUUAUUUGAUGAGAGGUACUGAUAUCCUUAGUCUUCCUAAAGCUGUUACUUCUAUUUAUGGCUUAAAUUCUUUUAGUUAUACUGCUGCUAAGUUCUGGAACGCGUUGCCUGACAAACCAAGAACCCUUUCGUCUUUGCAUGACUUUAUUUUAGCAAUCCGGCGAUACAGAUCAAUUAAUUAAUUGUAUUAAGAGUUAAAUACUUUCCCUAGUUAGUGUAUACCAUGGUUUAUUUCAUUUUAGGAUUUUAUUAGUUUCUCGGAGAUACUAGCCUAUUUUUGGCUACUCUGAAAUUCAAGAUGAAAUAAAGUUUUCUGUAUGUAUGUAUGUAUGUAUGUAUGUAUGUAUGUAUGAUACUGGUCAGCGGAUACCUUUUUGACAGCUGUCAAUUGACCAUGAUAUAGGGUGACCAUAAGGAUGUCUACUAUCAACUUAAACACGGAUUGGUUAAUUUUUUGACAGUUAUUUAUUUCAUUUUAUUAUUGUUAUUAUUAUUAUUUUUUUUUCAUUUAGGAGAAGAAAAUUAAAAAGAAUAAGGACACCAGCGAAAGACACCGGAAAGGAAAUCCCUUCCAGCAAGAACACGAAAGACGGAGCUCAAAACAGGUGCAUUUUUUUCAGUGUAGGGGUGAUUUGUUACUUAUGACAAUGCAAGGCUUUUGUCGUUCACAAAACAGUUUGGUCACGCAAUUUUAAGCAGUUUUUAGCUCUCACCAAAGAAUUGACUCAAAUUUAAAAACCGCACGCAGAAUUCCUGGUGGAAACAAAAAAAAAUAGAAAUGCCUAAAGACGAUGCGGAUUAAUGGGCGAAAUUGGAGAAGGUUAAAACCGACUGAAUUCGGGUAACCUUAAAACGUUGGCCCGAUUUUUUCCAAGUAGCUUUUAGUUCGUUUGAAAAUAUAAUGUACAGAGCUUGGAAAGUUAUCAGACUUUGUGUGUUUUUGCAGGUUUAAAGUCAAGAACAAGAUGCUUCUCAUGAAGCGUUCAUGUAAAGUUUCGUGUCAUGAUCUUAAUACGUUGUUGUGGGUUUGUUUUGCAGGGCUUCAAAGAUCGUUUUUCUCGACAGCUGUCAAAGAACCACAAGUCGCAUCAUGGCCACUUUAGAUCGCAUUCCUCGCGAAAAUACCGAAGGAUGUCCAGUUGAAGACAAAUACAACUAACUGUCGUGAAACAACAGUACCAUUACCAAAAUUAGCACUUUUUGUGAUCAAAAAGUUCCAUGAAGUUCCGUAGGGGAUGGCUUUGCCUCAACAUCUUUGCUCUGGCAAAGAGAAUAACUCUAUAACCGCCAGCCUUCAGUUUUUUUUAUAUAUAUAUUGAAUGAGCGUUUCUACCUAUAUUCGUGAGGUCAUUCCGCUUAGUUUUACUCCACAAGACGACGUCACUAAGGGUAUUUUUCAACCGUAUGGGGACCUUUGUAUGCGGUGAUGGCCCAUGGCUCUUAGUUGUCCUCGCACUUUUAUCCCAUUCUGUGCAUUUUUACCACACAUUUGUUGGGAGAAUCUUACCUUGCUCGUUUUUCUGUUUAAUCUUAUUUGAUAUUCAUUUUUCUUCUUGAGAACCAAAGGCACAGGUUUCUACGCACAAAAUUCAUUCGACCAGUCAUAUCAGUUGAACUGAGCUGAGUAUUUUCAAACAGAGACGCCUUGUACAAUAUGCCGGAUUGUGUUUCUAGAUUAGCUGGUUUAAACUUGCAUAAAUGCUGAGUUUUAAGAUGGUAUCUGUGAUACCGAGUUAAAAUAGACUGCAAAACAUUCCGUAUUUUUGCGUACGCGUGAGCAGUCAAACAAAAGGUCUGGAACGAGGCUGAAAACAGAGAGCGAGACUGUUUUUUUUUCUCUCUCCUCAAACGCCCUAUGGGCGUGUGAGGCUCGCGCGCGAAGCGCGCGUAAGACUCUUACUCAACGCUUUACCGAUUUCGUUACUGAUUUUUAGAAAAAAAACCGACUGUUUUGCAGUCUAAGUUAAAAUUAUUUGACAAAAAUUUUUCAAUGCAUUAUUGUAUUGCAAUUGUCGCAGUGUCCAUUCCAAAGUUUAGAGAACGGCCAACUCCCUCUAAUCCAGACAGUGUCCAGAUAGCGUCGGUUUCGACACUAAGUGUUUAUUUUGGAAAGGUGUUGUCUUGUAAAGAGUCAAAGAAAGUAAAGAAAGGCAGAGCCCACCCUAGAUGCCCCUCUUAGAGAGGUUUCUACUACCCUGCGAGAGGUUUCUUUCCGGUAUGGCUUUUAGCAUUUAGGAAAUCGUUCGCGUCGCUGUCAGUCGCGUAGUUGGUUCGUUUACGUCUCUUCGUAAAUGCUAAAAGCGAUGCCAGAUAAGAAAGCCUCUGCUCGCAGGGUAGGUUUCUACUUAGGGGGUAAAAAAAGACUCUGGAACAGCAGGGACCAAUUCUAGGUGUCCGUUUUAAAGAGAUGUCUAUUGAGAGAGUUGGCUAUAUAGUUAAACCGUUGUAAUAAAGACACUUGGCGAGUAACGUUUCAAAAGAAUUUUGCUCUCGGCGAGACCAAGGGAAUUGCUUGAAAGAAUGUUGGUAUUUUUCGAGUGUAUAAAGGAGAGGUCGUUCGACUGUUAUAAUUUCCUUUUCGUAAAGAAGUUACAGUAUUUAUUCGAUUAAACGGCGCAACGGUAAUUUCUCAUGCGGUGUUUAUUCAAGGUAGCGUUUAUUUCAAAAGCAUUGCCAACAAUUACAGUAAAUCAUUGAUUAAUAUUAUGUAAAACAGAAAGGUGUUUCAAGUUUCAAAAUCUCGCUUUUUUGCUGAGAUAGAAUAUGGUGCAGUUUACCAAGUUGUAUGGAGUUUUAUUUUCUUACAAUCCUCGAAUAAACGCCGCGAUAUUUUGAUUGGAUUCUGAAUGACGUUUAUGGGCCUUUUUUUUCCACCAUCUGCGGUGUUUAAUCGAGUAAAUACGGUAUCCUUCCAUAUCAAGUCACAUUUUUGAACAUUAUAUCUAAGUACAAGUUAGGGAAGAAACAAGUAACUACGUUGAAAUUCGCCACUGCAGUAUCUCUAGGGACAAGGACGUUUUCGGCGCUACGAUUCCUGAGGCCGUUUUGAGUCAGUGUCCAGCGUUUUUUUGUUUUGACUGGUUAAUGGUCUCCAAGGUAACCGUUAACCAGUCACAUCUCAUAGGGUAUCACAAUCGAUUUCUUGAAUAUCGCCGGUAGCAAAAACAAAAUUUUCAGCGGGCUUUGGAGAAUUAUUUGAUUCUUUGUAUUUAUUUUAAAGCGAGUUCAAUCACAAAACAUAUCCAAGGACACUGUAAUAUAUUUAGACCAAAU